CGUCUCGUCACCUCAUCGAUGACACCUCACCUACGUGUUUGGACGUCUCCGCAGCACACUUUACCGUCCAUUAAAACAACCGUUGGGCGCCAGCACGCUUACGAACGUCUUGCCCUACCGGCCUGCAUUCGCCUCUUCGCCUCGUCUACACGGUCUUGCGGCGAUUGACGCCAGCUGCUGGCCGCGCUGCUCGGCUUUAGCACCCAAGGUUCCCCCAUCCAUCUGCUGCUAAUCGUGCUUUGUUGGGCACAUAGCUCUUCCGGUCCUGGAAUCGCUCGGCCCUCUCCCGCUCCAGCCGCCUCCUCCUUCAUCCUCCGCCUCCUCAAGCCGCCCUCGCCUGCCUCGACCUCAUUGCCGACUCGCAGCACGACGAUAAAGCACCACUGACCCGCCUGCCCGCCGUUCCCUAAAGCCCGCUCUCGCGCCAAGAGCCUGUGCCUACCCGCAGCGGUCCUCGAUCGAGCACCCCGUCUCUCUUUAACGUGCCCUGUCCCCACAAGCCUCUCCGGUGAAGCUGCGUUGGCCUUCGUUGUCCAGGUACGAACGAGCGGCAGGUUGAUGAAGCGUUGACCGGGAGCUCCCGCAGUCGCACGCGCCCUCAUUUGCCGGGCUCGUUCCGCUGCGCUCCCUUCCUUCCUUCACCAUGACAAGUCCGUUUCGGCAUGGCUCAUCUGGCUUUCCAGACUCGGACUCGUCCUCUGGAACCACCGGCCAGACGUCUCGCAGCCGACGUGCCUCCCCAUACAACCCUUCGGCUGCUCCUCCGCGCGCCGGGGGAAGUCACACCUCCAACUUUUACACCCAUCCAUCCCGCACCUCCCUCUUGAGCGCGAGCGGCGACCUCCUCCUCGAUACCGUCCCCAGCCUCGCACGACCGCCGUCCGACGAUACUGCCGCUAUGGACGAGCAGGCCAGCGACGGCAUGGCCAAUGUUUGGAACGCAGGAGGGCCUCUGCCGUCUUUUUCUCGCGCCUUUGAUAUAUUCACCGGCCCACGAGACGCAGACGGCUCUGGAAAUGGCGCGUUCGUUCCUUCAUACCUUCGAGGCUCUACGUACAUGCGGUUGUUAGAGGAGCAGCGCAAGGCCCAGGCACAAGCAGCAAAAGACUCAAGGAGGUCGACAGACAACGGCGCGAACGUUGAUUCAAACGGCUUCGUUCGGCCGCCUCUACCUGCUGGCACACAUCGGGGCAUGACGCAUAAUGUCAUCGAGCGCCCGCCACCCUUUCAGGAGGACGAGACGGUGCCGCCACUGCCAAGUCGGUGGAGCAAGGAUGACGCCGGUACUGGCGCCGAGGUGCAGUCAAAUCCACUCACAGUCCGCUACGUCGGUACCAAGAACCAUCACGAGCGUGAAUACGAGGCAGGAGGCAUCCGCGCGAAUCAUCACAUGCCUCCGGAGUGCGGCAUAUAUUACUUUGAGGUGCAGAUUGUGUAUGGGAAGCGUGACGACACCACUAUCUCUAUCGGAUUCUCGGCCAGAAAUACAGCGCUCUCCAGAGCAGUAGGUUGGGAGCCAGAAUCAUGGGGGUAUCAUGGAGAUGACGGCCGGACGUACACUGGGCAGAAUAUCGGACGUAACUACGGACCAACUUUCAGUCUCGGUGACGUGAUAGGCUGUGGUGUCAACUUCAGGGACCAUACAGCCUUCUUCACCAAGAAUGGAGUGAAACUUGGAACUGCUUUUACCGAUGUGGUGCGAAGCAAAUUGUACCCAACAGUCAGCAUGAAGAAGACGGGAGAGCAAGUCACGGCAAACUUUGGCCAAUGCCCAUUCGUCUACAACAUUGACGAUAUGAUUCGGGAGCAACGAGAAAAGAUACAGAUGGAUAUCGCGGCAACGGAUACUUCGCGGCUGGAGCCGGGGAUGAACGGGACUGACCUAAUCCAAACCUUGGUGCUGCAGUUUCUCCAGCAUGAUGGAUAUGUGGAGACCGCAAGAGCCUUUGCAGAGGACAUCAAGGCACAGAAGGAGGCUCUGAAUCUCGACCCUAACGUCAAGGUUGAUGGCAUCAACAUCAAGGAUGAUGAGGAUGCCAACAACCGCCAGCGAAUUCGUCGAGCUGUCUUGGAAGGGGACAUUGACCGGGCUCUUAAGCACACGAACGCUUUCUAUCCUCAGGUGCUGCAGGAUAACGAGGAGGUGUAUUUCAAGCUCCGCUGUCGCAAGUUCAUCGAGAUGGUUCGAAAAGCGGCCCAAAUCCGGACUGGCGCCGGCGAGUCCAAGAGAAGCAACGGCCACGGACCGGCGUCCGGGUCCCAGGACAUGGACCUCGAUCUUAACGGCAAUGACGGCGUAUCCCUAGUGGACAAUAUGGACAUGGACGGGUCGGAGCAGCAGAUGGAGCUCAUGCAGUUGGAGCAAAGCAUGCUGGAGUACGGACAGGCGCUCGGUGCCGAAUACGCCAACGAUUCACGCAAAGAAAUAUCCAACGCGCUGAGCGAGAUCUGGUCCUUGGUUGCCUACUCAAACCCACUUAAGGAGCCGCAGGUGAGCCAUUUGCUCGACCGUAAGGGGCGCUCUCUGGUUGCUGAAGAGCUCAACUCUGCCAUCCUGUCCUCACUCGGCAAGUCAUCGCGAGCAGCCCUAGAAAAGAUAUACGCUCAGACUAGCGUUCUGCUCGAUGAGCUUCGACAAGACGGUGGCCCUGGCGCCUUCGUGUCUCUGCAAUCGGUUCUCGAGGACAUCACAACGUUCCCACAAAUCUGACUGAUGAUUGUGUCGUACGCGUUCCGUCAGGGAUGCAGCCCAGUCUCUGCUGUUUCUUGGUUUCAUGGUCACGGUGUUUGGCGCUGGCAUUUUUCUAUGUUGCGGCGUUUUCAGGGGUUGGGAGGCUGAGGCGGCCACUCGGUCUCCCCUUUGCUGGAUUCUGUUUUGGAGGCGUUGACGUUGUUUCGGAGCAACUCUUGACUCCACUCAUCAUGCUCGUUAGGAGGAAAUCGUCGAAGAAUGCCACCUUGUGGAUGAUGUCCAUAGACGCGCGAGAAUGCGGAUGCAGGAGCAGACUUGGGAAGGCAGUCAGAGGCUCAGCUCAGGUUGGUUGGCUGUAUAAUCGGGCAAGCGUACAGUAACGAGCGGAAUGGGACCGAAUUCACAAUAUCAGUUGUGAGACCUAUCUACAAAGCUAGUUUGUGGCAGUGGCUAAAGGUGAC